CGAAAAUCAUGUCGCAGCUUAAUGAAUUAUGCUGGAUCUUCUUGCUCCUUAUGAUUCCUUCAACCCCGGCUAUGUACGAUCAUUAUCGUUUGCCCACUGCCCUGGAGCCGCUGCACUACAACCUCCGGAUCCUCACUCAUUUAGAGAGCACAGAUCAAUGGUUCGAGGGCUCUGUAAAUAUCGAUCUUCUGGCGCGAGAGUCGACCAAAAAUAUAACUUUGCAUGCCGCAUAUUUAAAGAUAGAUGAGAAUCGAACGACAGUAAGGUCCGACAAGGACAACAACUGCUUCACAGAUAUUGAAGUAAAUGAGGUUUACAACUUCUAUAUCCUGCACUUGUGUCAGGAACUGGAAAAGGGUCAGCUAUACCAACUGGAAUUGCACUUUAGUGCAAAGCUAAAUGAUUCAUUGAGUGGCUACUACAAAAGUUCCUACACGGAUGAGAGCAGAAAAGAAGUUCAUCGCCUAGCAAUCACCCAAUUCUCGCCUACAUUUGCCCGCCAGGCAUUUCCCUGUUUUGAUGAGCCCUCCUUUAAGUCCACCUUCAAUGUGACUUUAGGCCAUCAUAAAAACUACACAGGACUGACGGGAAUGCCUGUACUUGGAUGUGAAGAGCACGAUAGUCUUGAAAACUAUAUUUGGUGUGAUCAUGAGCAACUUUUAAGGACCUCGACAUAUUUAGUGGCCUAUGCUGUUCAUGACCUUAAAAACGCAGCCACCGAAGAGAGUGACACCUUCAACAGAGUAAUCUUCCGCAACUGGAUGCAGCCAAAGUUAUUGGAUCGUGAAAUGAUUUCCAGGCAAAUGGCUCCCAAGCUACUUGCCCUUUAUGAGAAUCUUUUUCAAAGCAAUUUUCCCUUAAGGAAAAUCGAUCAACUUACAGUACCCACUCAUAGAUUUUCGGCCAUGGAAAAUUGGGGUUUGGUUGUUUUUAACGAAGAGAGAUUGCCGGAAAACCAAGGCGUUGAUCUGCAGCAACAGAAGGAUAAAUACGCCGAAACGGUGGCACAUGAAUAUGCCCAUCAGUGGUUUGGAAAUCUAGUUACUAUGAAGUGGUGGAAUGAUCUCUGGUUGAAGGAAGGUACAUCUACGUAUUUCGCCUACUUGGCUUUGGACAUCUUGCAACCUGAUUUGACCAGGGGCGAGCGAUUUAUAGCCAAAGAUUUGGGGACUUUUUUUGGCAAGGACUCGAGUGAUACUGUGCCGGCCAUCUCAAAGGAUGUAAAGGAUCCUUCACAGAUACUCGGACAAUUUACGGAGUAUGUUUACGAGAAGGGAGCCCUAACUGUCCGCAUGUUGCACAAGCUGAUUGGCAAGGAGUCCUUUUUCCGUGGCAUUCGUUCUUUUCUGAGCAAGUACUCCCUGGGAAAUGUGGCUCAAGGAGAUCUCUGGGAUUCUCUUGAGGAGGCUGCACAUUUGGACUUCAAUCUGAGUAGGGCCAUGGAUUCUUGGACCCUUCAGGGGGGCUACCCCUUGGUAACUCUCAUUAGGGACUACAAGACUGGCGGACUAACCCUCAAUCAAACUAGAUUCUACCAGGGCCAGAACAUUUCAAAGAACUCACCCUGCUGGUGGGUGCCCUUAAGUUUUGUGAAGCAAAGUCUACCUGACUUCGAGCAAACCACUCCACAAUUUUGGUUAGAGUGUCCUUCUUCUACGCAAGUUGUGCACUUGUCUGGUGUUCCAGCACCCGAUGAAUGGAUAAUUCUUAAUCCCCAAGUUAGCACAAUUUUUAGAGUUAACUAUGAUGAACACAAUUGGGACCUUAUAAGGGAAAGCUAUUGUAAUGAUCCCAACUCUGGUGGCAUUCACAAACUAAACAGAGCUCAGCUAAUAGAUGAUUUCAUGGCUUUGGCUUCAGUAAAACUGCAAAAGUAUGACAAAGCCUUCAGUCUGUUGGAAUGUUUGAAAAAAGAAGAGGACCUUCUGCCUUGGCAGCGAGGUGUUGGCAUCUUAAAUGGCUUAGGUGCUUUGCUGCAUGGUCAGGAGGCAAAAGAAUUCAAGAUCUAUAUGAAAAGACUGCUUUUACCGCUGUACAAUAGCUUUCCCAAAUUAGCAGGGAUAGCGCUGUCAAAACCCGCCCUCAAGGAUAUUCCCUUUUUGCAGUUCGUAUACUCGCAAUCUUGUCGCCAUCACGUGGAUGACUGCAUUAAUCAGGCUAAACUACUGAACACGUUCCAUCGGAAUGGGUCGCAGGUUGAGCUGCCCAUCGAUUUCCAAAAGAUCGCCUACUGCUCGUUCCUGGAAGAGGGCGGAGAAAAGGAGUUUCUGACGAUAUUUGGUCUCUUCCAGAACUCCACGAAUGCUGCUCAGAGGCGAAUAUGGGCAUCAGCCCUUGGCUGCACUCGUGAUUUUAAGCUUUUCGAGCAGUUUCUGGACUUUACAUUUAAAUCCAAGGAGAAACUCUUUAGCGAUUGUUAUAUGAUAGCAGUGAGAACAGCCUUGAGUCGAGAAUAUAUGGUUACUCCCACAGGAAAUUAUAUUUUGAGCCAUGCCAAAACUCUAGGUGAAAUAUUCAAGAAGAAAGAGCUCACAGGACUGUUGGUCAGCUUGGCGGAAAAUCUUCAAAGUCGUGAGGAGUUGGAGCAACUUAGUGUGCACUUGAAAGACCUCAAGGAGUACGAAGAACCUCUACGAAAAGCUCUCGAUCUGGGUCAAAUAAAUCAAAAAUGGCUUAAGGAUUGCUCCAGUGAUUUUAGUGAGGCUCUCAGGAAACGUAUAUAAGAAAUGUACUUUUCUUACCUUAAGGAAUCAAUUUAUAUUACUAUUAUUGAUUUGAAGUAACAAGCUAGACCAUCUGGCAAUCA